AUGGAGAAAAACUCUAGCUCUGAAGCAAAUAGCCCCGACUCGCCUGCUGCAAGCAAUGCAAAAUCACAAGAAAGUGCACUCGCCAUUGUGCACGAUUGUCUACAGCGAUUCGGCACGCAAGACUACAUUAUGGAGCCGGAAAUAUUCGGCCAGCUAAGACGGUACGUAACUGCGGGAGGUACACCCAAAAUGGCGAUCGAUCAGCUAUCGGAUAACUACACGGGAGUGGCACAGAUGGUCAACAUGGUAGGAAGUUGGCUUCUUACAAUCGGUGCUGAUGCAGCAGAGCUAACGACAAUGGUGGAGAACAUUCUGAAGGAUGCGAUACUCAAGUCAUUCGACCCACAGAUAGCGGAUAGCAUUUUUACGGAAAAUAGUCCACCCGAAUGGUUGUGGGACGCAAUUCAGUUCCCAACAUGGCGCUCGUUGAUUUACCGUCUCGUCGAAAAGCAUCCGGACUGCCUCUUGUUGAACUUUACGCUCAAGCUAAUUUCAUCUGCAGGUUAUCUGAGUGAGAUUACAUCCAAUCUAACCAGUAGCAGUAAUUUCGAAUUGUUCUUGACCAUCUUUCAAUCGACCAUACUCAAUUACUUGCGCCAGCCGGAUGCGAACACGUUCGAGAGAGUGGCAAAGGUAGUGUGCUACCGGCAGCAUACGUACGUGUUGAGCCAGGUGUUGUUACAUAAACUGUCGGAGAGGGUGGGAUGUGGUCCUAUCAUAAAGCGACUUUCGCAGGAGAUGACCAACUAUGCAACACAGCUCAAAAGCCACAGCAACGUUGUGCCGAUCACAAUGGCACUGAACGGAUCAUCUGGUUUUCCGGCGGCAUAUGCAGCACUCUCCUCUAUCCUGACGACCAACGCGCUUAAGUCAAGCGACAUAUUCGAUCUGCACCGAUGCUACGCCUCUAGUGUACCACCGCCAAUUAAUCUGAUUCGUAAUCAACAAUUUCUCGAUCUACUUAUCAACUCAAUUUUCAAUGUAAAGUCAAAGCUCGACCAAAAGCCGAAAUCGAAGGAGAUCUUUCUGCUCGGGAUCGCGGCUAGUGUGUGUGAAACGGGCAUCAGGAAAGGGUCAUGGUUAGGCUCCGUGCGGACCUCUAACGUGGUGGAGGUGAAAGAUACCAUUCAUGCAAUCGAAGCAGUACACACGAUCUGUUGUAACAAAUCAACUAACUUGCUUCCCUAUAUAUCCACCAUUUUCAACUACCUCGAGUACCCAGUUGUUGCGAUUGGAGUGUUUCGUUGGGCGAGUAGCAUCGUCUCCGAUGCGUCCUAUUUCAACCUGGGCACCGACAGAUAUCCGUUGCAUUUUGCACUGAUGGAUGAGAUCGCCAGACUGCAUACAUCCUUGCACGAUCAGAUUGUACAACUUUUUGCACGUAUCCUGGAAUCAAAGCUGGACCAUCUGGAGGUGUUUGAGCAGCUCAACUUCAAGAGGAUGCUGCUGGAUCGUAUGGUAAACGUGUUGGCCUGCGGUGGAGCGAUUCCGGUAGUUCGAUACAUAGCCGAAUGUUACGCACGUGACGCGAUGGACAUUUCGCUUAUCCGUUACAUCGUAAAGGAAGUGCUGGACAUUGUUGGGCCACCGUACUCGCGCGAAUUUGUGCAGCUGUUUCUGCCAAUGGUGGAGAAUACGGAGAUUAGUGGCACUAUUGUUAUGGAGGAUGGUACCGAUUCGGUUACGGAGUUUAUCGUACAGUGUAAGGCGUGCUUUGAGUAA